UACGAGAUUGUCGGGUACGCAGAAGUUAGGAGCUUUCGAUGGGUCCAUGAACGCAGAUCCUCUAGUGGCCAGAGUCUGUAGUGCACCCACGGCCCCGCGCUGGGACUGGUCCUUUCGCAGCCAUUUUCUGUCCAACCAAACAGCCGUCUCAGGGAGAUAACCAACCAGGGCUUCAUUGCAGAUGGACGGAGACGGUCCCACUACCGACGCCUCCCAGCUGGGAAUCGCUGGAGAGUACAUGCCGUCCACACAUUAUGUCCUCCAGCAAGAUGAUGAUGCGGAUGAAAGUAUGAACGAUCAUGAAGAAGGUGGCUCGAAGGACAACUACAGGGAGCAGGACAUCUAUCUCCCCAUUGCUAAUGUGGCUCGCAUCAUGAAAAACGCUGUCCCACAAACUGGAAAGAUAGCAAAAGACGCCAAAGAGUGCGUCCAAGAGUGCGUCAGCGAAUUCAUCAGCUUCAUCACGAGCGAGGCGAGCGAGCGCUGCCACCAGGAGAAGCGCAAGACCAUCAACGGCGAGGACAUCCUGUUUGCCAUGUCCACGCUGGGCUUCGACAUGUACGUGGAGCCGCUCAAGCUUUACUUGCAGAAGUUCCGAGAGGCAAUGAAAGGGGAGAAGGGGAUGCCUGUGGCGGACGGCCUCGGAGAGGAGCUCACAGACGAUAGCUUCACAAACCCUCUUCCAGCAGGAAUUAUAACAGCAGAUGGUCAGCAGCAAAACGUCAUGGUGUACACCACCUCAUAUCAACAGAUUCCCACCGUACAGCAGAUCCAGUUCUCAUGACAGGGUCUUACCUCAGCGUUAACAAGUUGCCCAUGCUCGCCAGAUGGCCUACGACCCAUGGCUCUGGUGGAAAGGCGUAUCUUUCAUGUACAGAGAAAUCACUGUUGAGUAGGAAGUGUAGUUACUAGCUGUGUGGUACCAAAAUGUUUUGGAUUUCAUCUGAACCACAUUGGAAACAUGGCUGUUUUUCUUUUUAAAGGCUAGUCUUUACAUGAUAAUCAGCUGUCUCAUUUUUUUGUUCAUGUGUGCAUUGUAAUGUUUGCUUUUAUGCGUUUGUUGUUUUUUUUUUGAUCUGGUUAGGGAGCAGGAGGGAGGGAAUGGGAAGCUUACUUUUAGCGACUUUUCCAAAUAAACUGCAAGAAGAGAUGCUUCUGUCAUGCCAGGUCUUUUGUAAAUUCACCCAAUUUGUCAUGUACUGAAGUCAUUGGAAUAAAAAUGUUCAAAAUGUGUUAA